GUAGAAGCAAAAACAAUAUUUAAGUGCGUCGUUAGGACACCAUCCGUCGAUUUCUUUUCUAGUCAAGCGGAAGUGGGAGGAAAAUUGAAAAAGAUACGACGAUUCCGUUUCUUCUUCUCUGCUUGCUACCUGAAGUUCCUGAACAGACAGAAGCAGAGAUUGAAACGAAAACUCACAGAGGGAGAUGGCAUCGGACGUGGCUUGUUGUGGGACUCAGUUUUCGCUCUAUUUGCUGGUGAUAAUAGGGUUGGUGGCGUUUGCUGGGCUCAUGGCUGGACUUACCCUGGGUCUCAUGUCUCUUGGCCUCGUCGACCUCGAGGUCCUCAUCAAGUCUGGCCGUCCUCUGGAUCGUAUCUAUGCCGCUAAGAUAUUUCCGGUGGUGAAAAAUCAACAUCUUCUGCUAUGUACACUUUUGAUUGGAAACUCUUUGGCAAUGGAGGCUCUUCCGAUAUUCUUGGACAAACUUGUGCCUCCAUGGGCUGCAAUCCUGAUAUCAGUGACUCUCAUACUCAUGUUUGGAGAGAUACUGCCACAGGCAGUCUGUACUCGAUAUGGCUUGAGGGUUGGGGCAAUGAUGGCACCUCUUGUCCGAAUUCUGCUUUUGGUGUUCUUUCCUCUAUCUUACCCAAUAAGUAAGGUUCUUGACUGGAUGUUGGGUAAGGGACACGCUGUCCUCUUACGGAGAGCAGAGCUGAAGACUUUUGUAAAUUUCCAUGGGAACGAGGCAGGAAAAGGAGGGGAUCUAACACAUGAUGAGACUACUAUUAUCACUGGCGCACUUGAAUUAACUGAAAAGACUGCAAAAGAUGCCAUGACCCCCAUAUCGAAGGCAUUUUCCCUUGCUCUGGAUGCAACUCUUAAUUUGGAGACACUAAACGAGAUAAUGACAAAGGGCCAUAGUAGGGUUCCGGUUUACUAUGGACAUCCAAAGAAAAUAGUUGGACUAGUUCUGGUUAAAAACCUCUUAGCAGUUGAUCCAGAAGAAGCAGUUCCAUUGAGAAAAAUGAUCAUAAGAAAAAUUCCACGGGUAUCAGAAAACAUGCCACUAUAUGAUAUCCUCAACGAAUUUCAGAAGGGUCACAGCCAUAUUGCUGUUGUAUAUAAGGAUCUAAACGAGAGAGAAGAUACACCAAAGAGAAGUAAAGAGUGUGAACAGUUUGAGUUCAAGGACAGUUGUAGGAAGCCAAGAAGCCAACCUGAGGCGUCACUGAGAAAAGAUGUUAAUGCUACUACCCAUAAUCUUGGUGUUAAACCAGAAUCAGAAGAUGCUCAGACAAAAGGGGCUAAGAAUGAUGGAGGUCAGCAGGAAAAGAAGAGCACAGCAGCAGCUACUGCCUCUAAGAAGCGACACAGAGGUUGUUCAUAUUGCAUUUUGGAUAUUGAAAAUGCUCCUAUUCCAGAAUUCCCCCCAAACGAAGAGGUUGUGGGUGUCAUUACCAUGGAGGAUGUCAUUGAAGAACUUCUUCAGGAGGAAAUACUGGAUGAAACUGAUGAGUACGUCAACAUUCACAACAGGAUAAAAAUCAACAUGCAUGCGUCUCAGGACAAGGCAUCUAAUUUGAGUUCAACACAACCAUCUUCCAAUGGCUCCUCAGUAUCUUGGACACCAAAUCCACAGUUUCAGAUGCUUACAGCAUCUAGUCUCACUCCAAAGUCUGUAUCCGUACCUGAUCCUGCACCCACGGCCCCGACCCCAACCAGUUCUUCAAAUGUAAUGACACCAACUGCAACACGAAGAUAAUGAAGGGGUGCAAAGGAUAAGUGAUAGGUGAAAUUUGAAGUUUUCUUUGAUGAUUACUUGAUAUGAUAUAGGUAUACAGAGGUUGAAGAUGAAGAGUUAAAUGUUAAUAGAUGUGAGUUAGAGACACUUACUAAAAUAGAGGAAAGGUGCAGCGAAGGAUGCACUUGAUUGUAGAGAAACAUGUUCUUGUUUGGUAAGGCUAUUGAAAUGGGUUAGUUCUGUAUGGUCUCGAAGCAUCUGUGCGGUGAUUUAUAACCUUUGCUGGAUAUCCAUAAUGUAAUCCGAUAAUCAAGUGUUGUUCAAAUUGAUGAUGUGCACUACAAGUAUAUAUGAUUGAUCCACUCGCAUUGCA